CGCUCUGUCUGCGCAUGCUCCAGCGCGGCUCGGGCCUCCUCGCGGGGUUGGGCGGAAAGCGGAGGGUGGAGUGCGGGCCACGUGGGUUCCCGUGACGUCAUCUCCGGGCGCCGAGGGUGACUGGACUUGCUGUGGGCUUCCAAGGCCCCGCGGCGCUGCGGGUUGUAUUGGCAGGAUACCGGAGGGCGGAAGUGCAGCAGGGCUCGGCUCCGACCUCCGCGCCGCUGCGUUCUGCGGCUGCGCGGGCUCUCGGGACUCCGGGCUCGCGCGGCUCUGCGGGACAGUGGGUCAAGCACCCUGCGCCGCCGCCCUGCCAGAACCCGGGAUCCGAGCGUCUUCACCGUUUGGCUUUGGGUGAGAAAAAAAUUUAGCCUAUAUGCACUGCUUUAACCAUUGGAAGAAUGACAGAUGACAAAGAUGUGCUUCGAGAUGUGUGGUUUGGACGAAUUCCAACUUGUUUCACCCUGUAUCAGGAUGAGAUAACUGAACGGGAGGCAGAACCAUAUUAUUUGCUUUUGCCAAGAGUAAGUUAUUUGACGUUGGUAACUGACAAAGUGAAAAAGCACUUUCAGAAGGUUAUGAGACAAGAAGACAUUAGUGAGAUAUGGUUUGAAUAUGAAGGCACACCACUGAAAUGGCAUUAUCCAAUUGGUUUGCUGUUUGAUCUUCUUGCAUCAAGUUCAGCUCUUCCUUGGAACAUCACAGUACAUUUUAAGAGUUUUCCAGAAAAGGACCUUCUGCACUGUCCAUCUAAGGAUGCAAUUGAAGCUCAUUUUAUGUCUUGUGUGAAAGAAGCUGAUGCAUUAAAGCAUAAAAGUCAAGUAAUCAAUGAAAUGCAGAAAAAAGAUCAUAAGCAGCUCUGGAUGGGAUUACAAAAUGACAGAUUUGACCAGUUUUGGGCCAUCAACCGGAAACUCAUGGAAUAUCCUGCAGAAGAAAAUGGAUUUCGUUUUAUCCCUUUUAGAAUAUAUCAGACAACAACCGAACGACCUUUCAUGCAGAAGCUUUUUCGUCCUGUGGCUGCAGAUGGACAAUUGCAUACACUAGGCGAUCUCCUCAAAGAAGUUUGUCCUUCUGCAAUUGCUCCUGAAGAUGGAGAAAAAAAGAAUCAAGUGAUGAUUCAUGGAAUUGAGCCAAUGUUGGAAACACCUCUGCAGUGGCUGAGUGAACAUCUGAGCUACCCAGAUAAUUUUCUUCAUAUUAGUAUCAUCCCACAACCAACAGACUGAAGGAUCAACUCUGUGCCUGAACGGAAUCACCCUUAAACAGGAUUUACCAGAGCAUGUCACCCUUCUGUUUCAGUCAGGUUUGGUGGAGGCAACCUGACCAGAAACACUACUACAAGCCAAACAGGAAGAUGAUUCCAUGUCAGAUAAGGGCACUUGGGCUGGUCUUACUUUGCAUCACCACUGCUUUCCUCCACUGCCGUCAUUAAACCUCAGCUGCGACAUGAAAGACUUCACAGGACCACUGCAAGUCUUCUGUUUUCUUGUAAAAUAUAAUGAAGCCGAAACCUUUGGCCUAAGAAGAAAAUGGAAAUAUGUGCCACUUGAUUUGUAUUUCUGAUUAACAAAUAAACAGGGGUAUUUCCUAAGGUGACCAUGAUUGAACUUGAGCUCAAGGGAGUGGAAACAUUGGUUUAAUUUUCUAGAGAAUUAGACUUAAGAAAGUAAAAGAGAAAUUCUGUUACCAAUAACUUGCAGUAAUUUUUUGUAAAAGAUCCAAUUACAGUAAACCCAUCUUUCCUUAAUGAAAAUUUCCUAUGUUUACAGUCUGUCUAUUGGUAUGCAAACAAUCUUGUAACUUUGAUAAUGAACAGUGAGAGAUUUUUAAAUAAAGCCUCUAAAUAUGUUUUGUCAUUUAAUAACA